AUGUCCUUGUAUCGGGUACGGCCUCGCGGAAGAGUGGCUGGAAACAGCCCGUGUGCGCUAGCCUUCCCUCCUCUCUCCCUCUCUCUCGAAUCAGCUCUCACCUCCCACACCGCGCACGGCGCAGCGGCAUGGGAGGCCGCCUACGGCCUGCAGGGCGUGUCACCCCUUCCCCCCGCCGCCGUCGCGCUACCGCCCAGCGUGCCGCCCGCGCCGCACCUGGAGGCGUGCAGCGUGCGUUCCGCGUGGCGCCACAAGGUGGAGAAGCGGGGCGCGCAGGGGGAGGCGCAGGGGUGGGCGCGGGGGGCACACCCGCAGCCACCGUGGGUGCGCGGGUCAGAUGCAAGCAACCUGGGGCGAACGCGCGAGGCACAGAGGGACAUCUGGCAGCACCAGUUCCCGGCGGGCGACUGUACCACACAGAGGCUGCUGCUCAUUGAGUGGCCGGCGUCGCAGCAUGGGCUGGGGUCGCAGCUGCACAUCAUGAGCGCCGCUCUCAGCCUCGCCAUGCAGCACUCUCGCGUGCUCGUGCCCACCGCCUCCUUUGACCGCGCCAACCAUGCCGAGUGCAACGCUACUGGCGCCCUGGCGUCCUUCCACUGCUAUUUCUUCCCGCUCGUCUCACCACACUGUGAGAGGGCAGCAGCGGAUGCAGCAGCAGCAGGGCAGGUGGGCGAGUGUGCGUCGCACGAGCCGCCAGCGAGGGACGGCGUGCUGGCGAGUGAGAGGCGCAUGGUGUGCUUCCAUGGGGAGCCGUACAGCGCUCUGUGGCUCGAGGCUGCAGUGGCCAAGCGGUGGUGGGGUGCAUGGUAUGAGCGGCCCAACACAGUGGAGGUGAAGGGCAAGAUGGCGGAAGAGGCUGACGUCAUGCCGCAUGUGAGAUGGCAUGCCGCAUGUGAGAUGGCAUGUCGCAUAUGGCAUGCUGCAUGUGAGAUGGCAUGCCGCAUGUGCGAUGGCAUGCCGCAUGUGAGAUGGCAUGCCGCAUGUGAGAUGGCAUGCCGCAUGUGCGAUGGCAUGCCGCAUGUGCAAUGGCAUGCCGCAUGUGAGAUGGCAUGCCGCAUGUGCGAUGGCAUGCCGCAUGUGAGAUGGCAUGCCGCAUACGCUCCGCACGCCCUUCUUCCCACCUCCGCAUGCCUCUCUCACGCCCCUCUUUCCAUGUCCCCACGCCCCUCUUUCUAUGUCCCCACGCCCCUCUUUCCAUGUCCCCACGCCUCCCUCUCGCUCUGCCAGGUGCACUGGUGGCGGGCACAGUCGCUGCGCUUCAUGCUGCGCUGGCCCUCGCCCUACCUCUGCCACCUCACCAACCGCCUGCGCCACUCCUCCCUCUCCCUCUCCAUCGCCUCCCGCCUCUCCUCCUCCUCCGCCCUCCAAUCCUCCCUCCUGCGCUCCCACCCUCACCUGAAAAAGACAUUGCAAAGAAAUGCUCCCCCAUGCAGCUCUGCUCGUGCUACCAGCGGUGGGGAUGGUGGUGCCAGCAGCAGCAGGAGAAGGUUGCUGGAGAUUGUAGACACGAGCGCAGCCGGUAACACGAGCGCAGCCGGUAACACGAGCGCAGCCGGUAACACGAGCGCAGCCGGUAACACGAGCGCAGCUGGUAACACGAGCGCAGCCGGUAACACGAGCGCAGCUGGUAACACGAGCGCAGCCGGUAACACGAGCGCAGCCGGUAACACGAGCGCAGCUGGUAACACGUGUGCAGCUGGUAACACGUGUGCAGCUGGUAACACGAGCGCAGCCGCGUGGGCCAGCAAUGAGUGGGGCGGGGAGGGGGCGGGGGAGGCGUACCUGCCGCGGCCGAUAGUGAGCAUGCAUGUGCGGCAGAGCGACAAGGGCGGGGAGAUGGCGCUGCACUCGCUGGCCGCCCACAUGUGGAUGGCCUACCGCCUGCGCCUCGCGCUGCCCCACCUGCGCCACAUCUGGCUCUCCUCCGAAAUGCAGACGGUGAUAGACGAGGCGGCGCAGUAUCGCGAUUGGACCUUCCUGCACUCCAGCAACGCGCGCACCAACGUGUCGGUGCCGCACUGGGACGUGGAGGAGGCAGCGGGGCGGCACGUGGUGGUGGGCAGCAGCCUGGCGGAGCUGCUCACUGCAGCGCAGUGCGACUUCUUCAUCGGGGCGCUGGGGUCCAAUUGGGUGAGGAUGAUCAAUGAACUACGCUCCACCAAUGGCCGCCUGCUGCAUGGAUUCAUUGCCCUCAACAUACAAGAGUUUUGA